AUGGAAGGUACUGAAACAUCAGGGGAAGCCCUCAAGGCUCUGGGGACAAAGGAAGCCGCCCAUCAGAUCACCCCGAAACAGAGGACAGAGGACUUCGGACAAAUAAGAGUAGAUCAGAGAGUCCAGGAAGAAGGCCCUGAGUCCGACAACUGUGUUAGGAACAAAGGACAUCCCAAGGAUCCCACCCCGAAGCCAAACACGUGGAAAACCGCAGAAGCCAAGCAGGAACAUCUGAGGCCCCACCCUCAAGGACACGAGGAAGAAGCAGUAGGUCAGAAGAAUCAUAUACCUGUGGCCAUAGGGGAGUUGAGCCUGCAACACAUAUUUCAUGAAUGGUCCACCACAGGACAUGUGAAUAUUUCUGAAGCAAGGACAUCUGCAUCAGAUUCAGGACGAAUCGGAAGAGUCGGAUUAAUCCUCAAUAUUCACACAUCCUCUUGGAAGUUAAGGAUUGACUCCCCAGGCCUGACAGUCUGUAUGGAAGUGGAAUCGAUUAUGCCUGCCAUAACGACUCCAGCCACGGAGCAGCUAACCGCCUCAGAAACCGAUCAAGCUCCAUCGAGAAGAAUCUUAAGUUGCAAUGGGGGGGUUAACACUGAAAAAGGAAGAGAAAACCUGGUUAGUAACCCCAGCCAGUGGGGGAAGGGCACCUUGUCGGAAAGGAUACCACAGGUAUUGUUUAGGGAGCUAUCGAAGCCAGGAUACAGCUCAGCCGGGGUUUAUUGGGCGGUGGGGUAG